AGUGCGGGAAUUAAAUGUGCGUAGUGCGGGAAAUUGUAGGCACAGGUAACAAAAAAAAAUUAAGUCAGAAUGUCGAGACGGAGGAUUUUAUUUGAAAAAGGAUGAGGCACGGCGGACUGGAUAUCGAGAGUGUUGGGAGCGCUCGUGACACUCCCUCAGACGAACGCACUCCAUCAGACGAGUGUGGAGACUCUCCCGGCAAAGAUGCUGAGGCAGACACCCUGCUUCGGAGGAAGCGUGUUUCCGGAAAGGAGCAAAGGGAUUUGCUAAGGCCUAGUAUUAUAGUUGUAUCUACUACAAUAUUUGGCCACCUUGAUUUGCCAUAUACUAUAGUUGGUCCUCCACGGUCUACCUCAUUAUGGUUGUAUCUACUGCUGCUUCCUUCAUCAGUGAUGAGUAAUUAGACAUUUAUCUGUCUCCUGUCUCCUGUAUUAACCUUUGUUUUCUAAGACGGGGCUCCGUUCCCUCCGCUCCUCCGCCUUCGUUGAAAGAUCAACGCGGUAAGGAAACUGGUGGCAAAAAGGACCGCCCCCGUUUCACUUGCGACAAACGAUGCUGCGCGUUCUCAUGGUGUCGGGUGGGGACCAUCACCACGAUUCUUUUUCUCUUUUCCGCGUGCCUUUACUUCUUCUACUUAUGGUUCUCAAUCUUUAUAAGGCAUAACAGAAUUUUUUUAUUAUUUUCUGUGCAAGUGGUUAAACGUCAUGUUCGUAGUUCUUAAAAUACCUGUGUAGUACAAGGGAAGAAAAAAACAUAAGAAAGAUAUUUUCUCAUCUUCCUAGCUUGCUAUUGCUACAUCGACGUAGUGAGAAAUAGUCUUCGAAGAUUCAUCUGAGGCUCUAACUUUGCAUGAUGCAGUCCUCGAGUUUCUUGGCGAGAAGGGGUCGCUAAUAGGGCAAUUUUAUCCCUUUGCAGCAGAGCCGUCGAGCAGCACGUUGCAAACCUCCAAAGAAGAGGUGGCCAACAAUUGCGGGUCGGUCACUUGCGGCAAGCAGGAGACGGGAGGUAUUGAAGAGGAACGAUGGGUGAUCCAGUACAACCAUUUUCCUGAUUACGAUUCCUAGAAUACUUAGGUGGAGCAGCUCGUCACUAUCAUUUCAAGUGUAUCUUCCGUUGGUAUUUUUUUUCGUUUUUUCUUUCAGGAUCUUCCUCCACUGCUUCUUCCUCAUCGGCUGCAGCAGAGGAGAAAGCGGCUGAUCAAAAAGCCGUCGGGACUUCUUCGACUUCUACCAUAGGAAACGGGGCUGCUGAUCCCUCUGCUGGUGGCGAUUCUUCUACUGGGGCUGCUGAUCCACCUUCUGCUGGUCCUGCUGAUCCCUCUACUGUUGCCGAUUCUUCUACUGGGGCUGCUGAUCCAUCUUCUGCUGGUGCUGCCGAUCAUAGUAGUGAUCAUGUUGGUACUUCUGAUCAUAGUACUACUGAUCUUCAUAGUACGGAGCCUGGUGCUGAUAAAAAUGAUCCUCGUGCUGGUGAAAAUGAUCCUGAUGAAAACGCCGUCGGGACUUCAACUUCUUCGACUUCUACCAUAGGAAACGGGGCUGCUGAUUCUUCUACUGGAGCUGCUGAUUCUUCUACUGGGGCUGCGGAUUCUUCUACUGGGGCUGCUGAUAGUGGUGCUGCCGAUCAUAGACAUAGAAGUGAUCAUGGUACUUCUGAUCACAGUACUACUGAUCUUCAUAGUUCUGAGCAUGGUGCUGAUAUAAGUGAUCCUGGUGCUGGUGAUAAGGGAGCAGGUGCAGGUGAUGGAUCCAGAACGUGUGAUACUACAUCAAAAAAGCGAGGUGAAAAAAAAACAAAAGAAAAUAUCGCAGAAGGAAAAGAAGAACCUCCUCGGACUAUUGCUGCUGAGCAGCCAGAAGUCUCACCACCUGAAGAUCUGACGCCGCAGGAGGGCACGUUGGACGAAGAUUCUUUAGUAGAUCUUGACUGCCUCACGACAGACAAUUGCAAGGCUAUAAUUCGUCACCCGGAAAACCUUGAAGAUUUAAAUGCAUCUGGCGGGGCAAGGCUCACGGGCAAGAUCGGGAUCUACAUGUGCCCAGGGCCAGCGCAAGAAUCGGCGGAUCGUGCUAUAGGUAGGCUAUUCGCGGGACAGAAGAUCCGUCCGCCGAUCACCUGUGCCACAUUCACCAAGAAGUUCAUCAACGAUGCGGCUAAUCAUCACUGGAACGGCAAGGAAAGCAGCACCACCUCACCCAUGUUCGGGAGUCUGGAUUACGACGAAACGCUAAACGGCCGUCAAAUCAUUAGGGAAGGGUCAGCUAAUGUCGAAAUAGCUCGAAAACAGAAUAGUAUUCGAUGAAAUUUACUGGAACAGGAGUUAAGUUAUGAUAUAUUUUUGGUCUCUUAGUUUCUUGACUAGUCGCAUUCUAGGCCGCCACACUACAUAUUCGUUUUGGACUAUUAUAUAUAUAUAUAUUUUGAGUCCAGCAUCUCUGCUUCCUCAACAUACAGUAACAACACGUGUUUCUCGGUUGUUUCUAAUUCUUACUGGGUGGCUGGUGUCACGGACGACGACGUUUGUUGCCGCGAUAGGGAGCUCUACAUGGACGACUCGGCGACCAACUGGCCUCCAAUUUUUAAUCCAACUCUUUGGUAUAUUUCUCCCGGGUGCAUCCCGAAUCCACGGAGGACUUGCCAAUGGAUUUUACAGGUUAUGGUUGGUUGCGGUAAGCCGUCAAUGAAGAUGAUGAAUUAUCUGUAGAUGAAAUUUGUGGGAUGCAAACCAAGAGGAUCCGUCCGUCAGCAUGCACUUAAUAUAGCUACUUUCCCCUGGUACUGUUGUGUUUAAGUAUUUAUAAGAAAUUGGAGUAAGUUAAAGUUUAAGAAGUAAGAUCUGUCAAGAACACAAAAAGGAAAACUCGCGCAAGCAAGUGAAGCAAGGAAGUGUAAGGAGUUUGUGAUCUCUAAAGAGGACGGCUCGCCUCCGAGCUCUGCUGGAGAUAUGUUAUGCGGCCGAAGCCACCUAGUCAAGUUUUGGAACCGCCUGGGUAAUAUUUUAUUUCCUGCAGAGCCACCGGAAGAAACGUCUACGUGUGACAUGAUAACCAAGGGAUUCGUUGAUAACAAUCUGCUUGGUGUGCCAAAGGUUAUGGACUUCAUCUGAGUACUGCAGAGUGAACCAUCAAUAACGACAGCGUACCUAGUACGUGCAACAUGUGAUUUCCCAUAGUGGGUAAAAAAGUUCGCUAUUUUUUCGACACUGCUUGCAGCUUCUAGAUAGUGUUGAAUAGUAUUUAUAUUUAUAAGUAGUUUAAGUUUAACACACAUUUUUGUUUUUCCUCGUUCUUUCCGAAUUAUCAGCUGUGCAUUUUUUUCUUCUAACCUAGUUUCUUUCGACGUGGGGCUAACUAGCCUGGAAUCAUGUAAGUGCUUCGCGUCUAUUUUUUACCAAACUUCUUAUAAAGAAGUAUUUUUCGGUUUGGAUAAUACGACAUUGAUAGAUCUAUUUGCGCAGCUCUAAUUUGAAUACGCCAAAGUCGAAAAAGGUUCAUGACUGGUUUGCGAAACAACCUGUUCCGCCGUCCAAUAAGGUUCCUGUAUGGUCGCCGAACCCUGCAGAGGACGACCACACAGUAUGUUGCGUGAAUGGUACCAGCAGCUAGUAUUCUUUUCAUUUGUUAUUAUAAGUAGAUGAGUUAGAUGAACCUGAAUAUUGAGCGAUACAUAGGUGUUGAGAUGAUAAUGUUUUUGGUGGAUAUUAAACAUAUUGAUUAUAUUAAUAUUUAAUAUUAUCUAAUAAAUACGAAUACGCAUUGAAGGAGAUCAUCCCUUUCCCUUUCGUGAUGUAAAGUAGUCUUUCGAGGCUGUUGGUCAAAGUUGUAUCGUGGUCAAUCUAACCUCAACAGCUGCAGAAGAAGAAGAGCGGAAAGAGGUAGCGCGAAAAAAGGUACUGGCGGAUGCGUUGCAAUGCGUGCCGAUCAAAGGCGCUUGUAUGGUGAAAACUCGGACUUCUUUUGAUUCCUAUGGCGAGAGCAAAGAGGUCGGGGAAUUUGUGUGCCGCAAGAGCCUUGCUGCGAUGCAGAAUCAGGUCGCAGCUGGUAUCCGCGACUGUGCAAGCAUCACUCGGAAACUCAUCGACAAGAAGAGUGAAGAGGAUGCAGAGGAUGCUUCCUCUAACAUCGUGUGGCGCACGGUUUUCGGGUCAAGGUUGCCUGGUUCUGAUGACAUGCUCCUUGCUCGUCGUGCAGACAGACGAGGUCUCGAAUGGAGCAACGAGAGUCCGGAAGGUCCUCACGAGAAGUGCUGCGAGACUACACAGAAAGGUGUUAACUACAAAAUCAGCUUUUUAAGAAUAAGACCGAAAAAUGGAGGACAUAUUAAUUCGAUUUUUGGUACAUAAAUAAGAUUCUUUUUCUUGAAACAUUUUCCGAAACAUGUUACAGACAAGAAAGACCACGACGAGAAUGACUACUGACUACGACGUGUUGUAGAAGAAGAAGUAGAAAAGUAAGUUUUAGAAGUAGAGGAAGAAGACGUGCACCAACAUCAAUCGCUAGAUCAAUCUUGUCCUUCUUUUCUCUUUCCUCAGCCAUUGAGCGACGGGCGGAACAGCUGUCACAAUGCGUUCCGACAAAGCUGUGCAAGUGGUCUGUUAGAAGUACCAUAGCCGAACCAUUGCGCACGACUGAGGAGCCAGCAGGGAAAGCCUUGUGUGGGCUAGAGCAGGACGCUGAGCUGAGCGGGAAAGUCGUAGAAGCACUUUUCCCUGACGACUUGACCUACUCAGAAGGCUUCGCCUGUAGCGAUAUUACCAAGCUUAUGGAGGCUUUUUUCAAAUUCAUGUACUUCUACUUUCACCAACGUCAGUUUUACUUGAAUUAUCUUACUUCGUAAACUACCACCUAGUAUGUAUUCUAACAAUGUUCCCCUCUUUUAUCGCACGGAGGAGAUGGAGGUCAUCGCGAAGGCACACGGAUGGUCGAGUAUCUCAACGCUGACGCGAGAGAAGUAUAAGUGGUCGGUCCGAUCGUCCGCCUGUUGCAUGUCUAAGUCGGAGGGUACUUGUAGAUACAUUGAUUAUGAUCUUCUAAAUGAGUGAUGUGGUGCAGCUAUUAUUUGUCAAGAACAAGACUAAUGUUUUUAGUGUUUCAACCUCCACUGUCUUGGAUAAUCUAUUUCUCACUUUUUCGUGAGAGUGAGAAUGUAAUUGUCUCAACAACUCUUCAAUCACACUUUUUGCUUUUUCGCCUACUUUCAGAAAGAGUUUUCGAAUGGAUCGACGUGUCCACGAACUGCGUACCGGUGGAAGAAGAAGCGUGUAAACUGAAGAAGGUGGAACAGCACAAUGGGGAGGAGUUUUACGUGGGCAAAAAGCUAUGUCAUGCUUCUUCUAGUAGCCCGACCACCAUCGACUACUACGACGAAGACAAAAAGUAUAAGGAACUGGAGCGACUCGCUAGAGGGCUCUUCAGCGAAAACCAAGGGCAAGGAGAACUCCGCUGCGACACGAUUACCAGAAUUAUGCGUCACUCAAUUAUCAGCUGCAAGUAGAUUGAUCUAUUAGUUGGCUCCGUCUUGGUCUUGCUGGUGAUCCUGGUGAGCAAAACCGUUGAUGUGACAAACAAGUUGCGCGAUGUAGUAAGUCCGAGGAAACAGUGUGGGUCAUGGGGUACAAUCAUUGUUCCCGAGAUAGUACGUUAUCACAGAUCAAGUUCAAGAAGGAAUCAGUAGUACGCACGACCACGACGAAGCCUACAAAUUAACAUACAGCAUAUUGUACUUAAGUAGUUGGAAGAAGUACACACACACACACACACACACACAAGCGCGGGGCAUCAGUAUCUGAAGAAUGCACUUUCCUCAUCUAAUAUGAAGUUCCUCGAGACUGACAAGGCCUUCAACGCCAUGAGGACGGCUCUUGGUAACGAUCUCACAUGGAUUCAAAAUCCAGCUACAGGAGAUGCCGUUUGCUGCAAGAGCAGAGAACAAGGUAUUUUUUGAUUUUUCCUGCUUGGUUUGGUGUAGUGGCUCUCUAUAUUCAUAGAAGCUGAAGCACGUAGUUGUAAUAGUAUCUACUGUAUCUUCUGCUUGCAGCAAAUAUUAGAAAUAUUUAUAAAUAUGUUUGUACAUGAUGAUGAUCUCUGUAUGCAAUGGAAAUGAUAUUCGCAUGAUCACUAGGUCAUCAUCCUGAGAAAAACGAGGACACCAAAAACGCAUCAAAAAUGUCACUUCUGCUCCAAUGUUUUUUUUUUCACGAGCCAACCUUUCAUCUCGAACUCCAGAUGAGGCAAAGAAAAAAGCCGCCGAAGAAAAGAAGCUGGAAGAAGCUGAGCAACAAAAACGCGCUGAGGAGAGCGCAUUAAAGUGCUUUCCGAUCGAAGGAAAAUGCAUGAUUACGUCUCAGAUCGUGGACCCAGGCAAUGGAUGGGAAUACCUGGACGCAAAACCUGCAGGGCUAUUUUUCUGCGACAAGAUCUCUCCGGUGAUGCAGCAACCCGGUGGUGUGUCCGCCUGUGAACACGUUACACGGAGGCUGAUAAACGAGAUGAGAGCAAAAUAUGUUGCUGGUGGUGGUGGUGACAGUGCAUGGGCACGGGCUUUCAAAAUUGCGAAUUAUCGCGACAAGCACGAGUUUGGCAAUUACGUAAUUACUUACAAAAGCGAAAGCGAUCAUGCUGCUGGAGCUGGCUCUGACGUUGCAUGGGUGACCGACACCGUCGAUGAGAAUGAGAUUUGCUGCAGUGCGAUCGUCAAAGGAGGUACAAAUCUAUCGUAGACACGUGAAUAUGAAGAUGUAGCGUCGCUUUUCAUCUUUCCUUGUCGUACUAGCGAGGUACAUUUUUGUAGAGCGACCUGUUCUCGAAGCCUUUUCGAGGAGGACUAUGAAAAUUACGUCCUUAGUACUCCUUGCUUUUGCAUGAUCUCAGCCAGGUUUUUCAAAUUAUUUAGAUCUCCUCACAAAAAAAAACUUCUGAGUCUUAUCUUCAACACAUCGAAAUCGAUGUUUAUCAAUAACUUCACCUCCACUUCUAGGCGCCUAGGCGAAGGCUGGGAGGAGACGUAAGGCAGGCAAUUUGAUGGAUCAGACAUACCGAUGGUUUCCACCUAAUAGGGCAACGUUACUGGUGGAGAUGGAACUUUUUUGUGAUAUUAAGGGCAGAUAUUAUGAUGUACGUGAUGCUGGUCAAGUAUUAGGCAUAUUCCGUGGCGUAGUUCCUUAUGCUUGACCUACUGUGGAGUAAAUGCUUGGCCUUAUUUGUUAAAGUGCCACACUGUUUCUAUUACCUCAUUCAAGUCGAGCGUACUACGUAUUAUUAGUCUGUCACAUUUCUCAGUCUACCUUGUUGGUACUACUGAAGAUGAAUUCCCCUCUAUGUGAUUGCAAGUAAUUUACAAGGACCACAAGAGCCACUACUACGGCCUGGGCCUGCAGCUUCACCUAAUGGCCCAACCCAAUUUAGGUAAAUUAGUAAUAUAAAGUCUCUACCUUCCUCUUUUCUUUGUUUUUCUAGUUAGGUCUCUCUGCUCCACCACACUUAUAAACUAGAAUAAUUUAUAGGACGGAUGUAGGAUGGGCUUGGAUGGACCGGAUGGACCCCCCUAAGUCUUCCGGUCCCACUUAAUGAGGGGAAGUCCAUCCGUUCCAUUAUCCGACCCAUCCCAUCCGGGACCUGCCCCCCCUAUAUGAUUUUCGUAACAGUUACGACGUAACAUCUUUCCCCUUUCAUGAUCAGUAAACUGGAUAAAAAACUUCUCAUACAUAUGAUUUUCGUAAUUUUCCGUGUCAUUUAGUAUCACGAGUGCGUGCAAAUAGGUGAAGGAUGAAUCAAUACAAAAAGCACCGAAGUAGUAGAAAUAGAAGAUGGCCGCACGAUAUCAUGCGAUGGUCCUAUGGCGCCUAGCAGCUUCGACAUUUCGUGAUUAUUUAUCAAAACUAUUCCAAAAUUCUACAUCAAGCGCACCACUCGUGGUGUGAAGAUUUAACAGUCACGGGAGUGAUUUGACCGCAUAUGAUGGACAAGCUUACUUACCCCUUUUUGCGGGAGGUUUACGCUAGUUCUCAAGGCCGAGAGGUUGUUGUGAGUGCCCUCGG